AUGGCUUUAGCUCAAACCUUAUCAACAUCAUCAUCAUCGCUAGAUUUCAUCAAUGCCUCACACAGAUUCGUCUCUGCAACUCCUUUCUCUUAUGAAUCCAUCUUCCUCCGCCGUAGAAUCCGCCGCUUGAAUCUCCCAUUCGCUUCGUACCGUAGCUCUCAGCCGCGUAGGAGAUAUGAUUCCGACGAUCGAUUCUCUGGCGGUUACGAAUACGACGUCGUUCCCGAGGAUGACGACGACGAAGAAGAUGAUGAGAGAGAGAGCAGCGUCGAUCUUCUGAUCAGAUUCUUAAGAAGCAUGUUUAAGAAAGUCUCGAAGCGAGCUAAAAAGGCCUCUCGCCGGAUUUUACCCGCCGCCAUGUCUCCUCGUCUCGUGUUUUUUGCAGUAGAUGGGAUAUUGCUAUUGGGUUCACUUUCCAUAACAAGAGCAUUUCUUGAGGUAAUUUGCAAUCUAGGAGGACUAGUGUUUACAGUGAUUCUGAUGAUCCGAUUGUUUUGGGCGGGAGCUUCGUUUUUUCAGAAUAAUGGGAACUAUUUUGGACCAAACCCGUUGACUUAA